GUAUAAACGAAACAGGGAAAGGAACUCGAAAAUGGCGAUGCCUGGAUAUCCAAGGGCUUUUGCAACACUAGGUUCUUGUUAUCCACGGCAUUCUCCGAUCUCCCUUCAGCCUCCUAAGGUUGACCUCUCUGGUUUUGUUCAUAGAAGAUCUGGAAAUAAAGGAAUCAAGCCAAAAUGGCGCACCAUGGCACAUGAAAAUGAUAGCAUACAUGGUAUCUCCCAGCAAGAUGUUGAGAGCUCAGCAGAUUAUGAACGAUCACCAAGAUCCUUAAGCCAAGAAAGCUUUAUCCUCAGUUCCAUGAAGAUGAACUUCUUAGAACGAUUAAUAUUGGCUUGGAGGAUAAUUUUUCCAUCAUCAACAUCCAAAUCGAACUCUAAUGCUAUGAUUGCCAAGCAGCGGUUAAAGAUGAUUCUGUUGUCCGAUCGAUGUGCAGUUAAUGAUGAAACUAAACAAAAAAUUGUGGACAGCAUGUUGAGUUCUCUUUCGGAUUUUGUAGAAAUAGAUUCAGAAGAUAAAGUUCAAUUUAAUGUCUCUACUGAUUCAGAUCUCAGAACGAUUUACUCUGUAACGGUGCCCGUGCGAAGGGUGAAGGCUGAUUAUCAAGGCAGUGAGGAAAUUGGAGCAACCAUAAAUACAGAAUUGAAGGAUGAUGGAGAGAGAUCUGGCUCUGCAGGUCCCAUUUUCGACGCAUUAAUUGCAGAAGGAAAAGAGUAUUUGCUGUUCUUCGGACCAUUAGCUAUUUCAUUUUCAACAGGGUAAGCUGCUAAUUAACAAGACUGUGCACUCUAGCUUCUCUC